AUGGAUACAGAAGACUUCAGCUUCCCUAGAAUUUCUGAGAAUUGUUCAUAUCAUGGCAUUGAUUCACCUCCUUUAUGGAAUCUAUCACCAGCAACAGCCUCUCCUAACCCCUACAAAGGAAAUUAUGAUAAAGAACCCUGCUUUGAAACAAAGGUAGUGACAUCAAAUAAGGGAGAGAGGAGUGAAGAGGAUCAAAUGGAUUUGUUGUGGGAAGAUUUCAAUGAGGAGUUGACUUCGACAACAAUAGGUUCUGCUUCUGCUGUCUCUUUCUCAACAGAGUUGGUUGAAUUCAGGUGCGCCACGGCUUUUACACUUGCCAAGAAGUCGAAUGGUGCUCUUGUUCAUAGUAGUAAGAAUAGGCAUGGCAUGGUGUUGAUCGUGAAGGUCUUAAAGAAGCUCUUCUUCAACAACUCUCAUGGAAAAUCCACCAGGAGAGUACUCUAA